AGAUAAUUUGGGACCACUCAUUAACAGAUCGUUCUUAGCAUUUGCAAACAUAAAACCAGCAUGUCCCAAGGCGAGCCGAAUAGCUCACCGGCACAGUUCGAUGUCUUUGUCACAUAUCAGUCCAUACUUCAGAAUGAGGAGAUCUCUACCCCACUGGCUGCCAUCUUAACCCUGACACAGCUCAUCGAAAAGUCGAGUGCUGGGACUAUGUUUGAGCUUGUUCAGGCUUUGAACGAUGGCGCAGAAAUCUUGAAGCAAAGAACGCCCAAUCCGAUUAGCUUAAACGCUGGCUGCGAGCUAUUUAUCGCCUUCGUCACUUUGUUUCCACACGACUCUGAUAGUUUCUCCGACCUCAAAACAGAACUAGUCAAGCAAGGCCGCAAUUAUGCCACCGAGGCGCUCACUUAUCGUGACAAGAUUGCAGCACUGGCGCUUGGGUUCAUCGAAGACGAUUCCGUGAUCUUAACUCAUUCGUAUUCUCGAGUCGUCAUGAAAACCUUACUACGCGCUCAUGAGAGAAAACGGAUAUCAGUCUAUGUUACAGAAGCCCGACCCCGUGGGCUAGGACUCCGAACCUACGACGAACUAACCGCUGUCGGCAUUCCAUGUACUGUUGUUCUCGACUCGGCGGUUUCGUACGUUAUGGAUAAAGUUGACCUUGUCCUCGUUGGGUCUGAAGCGGUGGUAGAAAGUGGGGGCUUGAUCAAUGCAGUCGGCAGCAACCAAAUAGCAAUUAUAGCCAAAGCUGCCAACAAGCCUUUCUACGCUCUUGCCGAAAGUUACAAGUUCCAUCGUUUAUUUCCGUUAUCGCAAUACGAUCUCCCAACGCACAACCCAAACGUGCUCUCCUUCCCUCCGGCGUCUGUGUCGACUUCACUUCCGACAAAGGGUGCUGUGAUUGGUUCAGGGCUCCAGAAAAUUACACCGGCAGAAGGGUCAAGAUCUAUGACCCAGGAGCAAGUUGCCCGCAAUCCCAAUGUGGACUAUACCAGACCGGACUUGAUCUCCCUUGUGUUCUCGGAUGUCGGCAGUCUUACUCCUGAAGGGGUCAGCCAGUAUCUCGUCGGGAUGUUUGCAGGGUGACGGUUAAUUAUUUGUCCCGUACUCGCGUAGUCCAGUUACAUUUCUUCACCUAACGAAGAUCCAAUCCUCGCGAUAGAGUUUCGAUAACCUUUGUAAUCUGGAGAUCACUUGAAGAUGUGUUGAAAUUCAGUCAUGCGGCUGCUCAACAGUAUCAAUGCUGCAAAUAUAAAAACAUGCGUAUUCCUGCGGGAAAUUCAGAAAGAAAUUUUUGACCGAAAUACUGGCGCAUCAAUCCGAUUACAAGGCUCGAUAAAACAUGUUCGUUUCAAGAUAACAAAACUUCUUCAGAUCGUGAUGACUUAAACCCGUCUGUCCACCCAACAAUCGAAAUUCAAUGAAAUAUUAGUCACUCCAGUUCC